CUUGAGCGCUAGAGAGAACAGAAGUUGAGAAGGUCUGAUCGCAUCAGAACGUGCUGAAGACGGGACACCCCCGGUUUAAAUGGCCCCCGUCGCCUAACGUUUAGCCCCCUGAGCUUUGCCGUUUAGGAGUUUGACUUAACUUGGGCGCAGAUCUCCUUACGUACCCGGAUUUCUGUCAAUCACACGCCUGAAGGAUGGCUGCGAUCCCAUCAAGCGGCUCUUUAGUUGCCACUCAUGACUACUACAGAAGGCGCCUGGGCUCUACUUCCAGCAACAGUUCAUGUGGGAGCUCAGAGUACAUGGGCGAGGUGAUUCCUCACCAUCCAGGUCUGCCCAAGCAAGACUCUGGUCACUGGUGGUCCAGUUUCUUCUUUGGGAAGCAGAACCAGCCAGGCACCUCCACUUUGACUGAAGCUCAGCAGAAGGUGGGGACGUUCAGUGUGACCAACGGCCAGGUGACAUGCAUCGCCAAGGAGAUGGCGACCAAGCGGCGGCCGAGCGACUCGGGGGAGCCCGGGAAGGCCGAGGCUGGGAGUCCACCCCCCUCGUGAUGCCGGGUUCGAGGCAGGCGUUAGGUGGCGGUGGUGCCUCUGUAUUUAUCCACAGAACUCAACAGCAUGUUAUCUGUGACCAAAACAAAAUAUUACAUAUUCUACUGGACAAACAGCUUUGGGUACAUUUAAUCAUCUCCCUUUCACCGUCCGGGUGUUGCGUUCAUGUGAAUAAAAUGAAUUCAGCCUGCCUUUGGUGUGGCGUCUUGUUUUAGGGCUACAGAAUGGCAGAUGACCCUACAGUGCCUGGAAAGAUGUUCCGGUUCUUUCUGAUCAAACUUUUUAUAUGCUGGGAGAUUUAUGAAUUAUUGUUAUACAUCCCGGCUUUAAGUUUAUAAUGACUUUUUUUUUAAGUUCCUAAGAUUUGUGUAUGGCAGAUUCCAAUAAAUGGCGGAGUGUAUUGCU